GAAUGAAAAUGAUAAGAAUUACAUUAUUAGUUAGUACAAAACUAAACUUCAAGGUUUCAAAGUGUAAAGGUUUAUUGUGAUUGACAAUUAACUUGCAGUUGUAUCUGACACACACAUAUAAUAAUUUUGCACAAAUAUUUAUUUGUGCACAAAUUUUAAUUAUUGUGCAUACUGUAGUUAUUGCACAAUUUCUGGUUCUUGCACAUAUUGUCGUUUUUGGACAUAUAGUUAUUGCAUGUAAAGUAGUUGUCCUGAAACUCAGCCCAUUACUUUAAGACAAUUUAAACCUAAACUACAUACUUGUUUUUACUUGCAUGUAACUGUUGUAGUUUGUUUUAAAAAAUGUGUAUACCCACAGCACUAAAAUGACAUAAUACCCCAUAAUCAGCUAAGUAUUUACUGAGGUCAUUGUUUGGCUCAGAUGACACUUGUUGCUAUUAGACACACGAGAGCCAAUCACAGAGCUUUGCCAGCAAACAACAUUAAUAAUUUGUUGCUACUGAGUUGCUGGUGGUUACAAGAUGCUGCUACAACACGAGUGAUGGCAUGCCUAGUAGAAGACAGCUUGAUAAAGACCAGUUUGAUUGAGCAGGUUGUCGCCCCCAUUGCCGCUCACAUUUGUUACCUCACGCUGCUGUCUGAGACUGAUGACGAGGCAGAACAGUUCGUACAGCUGGAGACUUCGGCCCGUGCUGUAGCCAAGGCCUCCAGGAACAUGGCUGAUGUAGCAUCAAGAGUGAUGGCAGAGUCAGAUGAUGAUGUCAUGAGGUUGGAAAUGGGUCCACUCCUGGAACCUCUAAUGAUGUCAGGUCAGCAUGUUCUUCUUGCCACUCAAAAGCUCAGCAUACAGCCAGAAGUUAGAGAGCACAGAGAAGAACUUAUUGAAGCUACACAGAAUGUGCUUCUAGGAGUCGUGAAGGUAAAAUGAGGAGAAUAAGCAAUUAGGAUGCAUAGGAUAUGGUUAUAUGUAGCUGAUUAUCAUUGUUUUUUUUUCUUACAUCAGACUAAACAUGUCUUUUAUUGAUGCAGGUUCUUUUAGUGGAGGACAAUGCAACUGUAAGGAAAAUUACUACAGCUGCUGACUGGCUCCUGGAUUGCCUGAGAGAUGUUGGAGAUGCUACAGAUAUGCCAUCAUUACUAAAAGUAUUCCAGGCAUUUUCCAAGGCAUUACUGUUGCUUCACAACUUGGUAAUGGAUAGAGUAAAAGACCUACGUGAUCAGAGACAGCAAGAUUGUGUGAAAACAUCUGUGGAAAUAUUGAGAAGGAGUAUCUCAAUGCUUCACACUGCCAUGUACACAACAAUCAAACACCCAACCAGUGAGGUGGCACAGGAUUCAAAGAAAUACAUACUCCAACUUGUGGACUGCACUAUAAAUGAUAUCAUAACGAUGCUCAAGGGCAACUAUCAGUGCAUGUCCACAGGCUCAUGUGGAUAUUACACAGACAGACGGAUCAGAUUACUGAAAUCGCUGUCUGAUCCAGCAUUCAUUUCGUUUAAAGACAGUAACUUUGAUGUUGUGCUGCGAGAUUUGGUGUUCCAUAGCAUGGCUGUUGCAAACUCCUCUCAGAGAGAAAAGAAGUCUUGUGUGACAGCAUGUUGUAAACAUGUCCUGCAACUGUGGUCAGAGAUAUCACAGCAGAUGAGACAGAUAAAGAUAAAUUGUACAGAUAAGCAGGAGCCAGAAGACCAUCAGGAGAAGUUGUGUGUCUCUUUAAUGAUACAAAUCCAUGAGCUGGAUGAGGCAGUGGUAAAAGCAACUCUAUACCAGGUAAUGGACACCUUUGCCUUAACAUCAAGUCCUCUAGAGCAGCUGGUAAACACUGUACAUAACCUCUUAGAAGAUGACCUAGAGGAUGGUUUGGACCUGGAUCCUAUCCAAACUUUAUUUAAGACUUUCAUAUCCUAUGCAGAUAGGGUGGCUGAAGUAGCCAGCUUCAUCUCAGCUUUAGCUAUUGAUGAAAAGAGUCUUGAGAGUGUGGAAAACUCUAUUUCUUGCCUUUUGCGACUUAAGGAUGGAGUCGCACCACUUUUGCUGGAGCUUGAGGGAGACUCAGUGCAGUACCAUGGAGCUCUGCAUAAACUGAUAAAUUUUCACUUGAAAUGGGGGGAAGAAACAGAACAACUGCUGAAUGCAUUCUGCAAUGUCAUAAAUGUAAAGGAUUUCAUAAACCUCUCUGUUCAGGAGAUGAAGCACGAUUUGGAUAAGUGUGUAGAGGCCCAUAAAUCCCAGGACCACCACCAUUUGAGCAAACAAAUAAGACUUCUGAUUGGUCGAAUGAGCCAGGCAGUUCACUUUGUGAGAAACCGUGUGGAUAAGAGUAAUGAUCCCAUCUAUCGUAAUGGAUUACUGGUACUUGUUAGGCAAGCUGAAAAUUCCGCAGCUGAAGUGACAGGGUAUGCAACAGACAUAUUUAACGCCAACUUUCAAGAGGAAGCAUUCCCUUUGUUGGCCAACAGCAUCACAGUGGCUAUAAAGAACUUUGGUGUUCUUCAUGAGGGUUUAGAUGGUCUACAGCACCCACACCUGCUUAGCCCACUGAGAGAAGGGGCUCGGCAAGUGGCUACUAUUCCACCAGUCCCUGACAUGAAAGAGACGAAGAAGAAAACAAAUGAACAGGCCAAAACUGAGGACUUAGGUGAUGGAGAUCAAAAGGAAGAUUUAGCAGUUAAGCUUAAAGUUAGAAUUUCAGAAAAGGAAAAUCCUGAACUUACCACAGUGCAUCAGUCUGAAGCCAGAGAGAUAAAGAAGCCAUUUUUUAGGGACUCGAACUCUGUCCAAAUGUCUCACAGUGCUGACUUGUUGCCACUCUUAUAUGAAGUUGUUAACAUGACCAAAGCUAAAAACGUUGAAGCUUUAAACAUAGCUUGCACACAGAUUAUAGAACUUUCCAGUUGUUAUACCCAGGCUACAAAAGAGGCUGCCAGUAUUGUAGAGGACAAUCAUAAUCAGGAAAUGGAAACCCUUCGGUCUGAGCUAGUCACUCUGACACCGCUGCUUGUCCAGGCAGCACAGGAAACAGCCAUGAGCUCGGUCAAGAUCAUAGAUACUGUCUAUAAACGUAGCGCUCAGUUUUCUGACCUCAUCAAAAACACACACAAUAUUCUGCUGCCAGUAACUGGCAUGUGGUUUCAUGCCAUCAAAGCAAUGAUUCAAAGCCAUACAGUAAACAUGGUGGACACCUGCAUCCAAGAGCUGACGGAAGUCAUGUGUUUGUGUGCAGACACAGUUGAACUUGUGACAUCAACUGAUAUUAAAGUGAGGAGAAGUGAGAUUAGUGACAGUAUAACAUCUCUAAUAACCAAGCUCCAAAAAGCCCAAACUAAUACAAAGAAUCUCACAGACCUCCUUGUCUCCAAAACAUUUCAGUCUGAUGAACUUGAUGGACCUUGUAUCCUUUGGGCAUUGUCCAUCCAAGUUCUACUGACCUCACUGGAUCGGAUUUUGGGAACAGGUACCACUCAUGAAAGGGGACAGCUGACUCAGCUUCAGAUGACACCCAAAAAAUGGUUAGCAGUCAUGUCCGAGAACUCCCUUCGAAUCCAAGAGGCAGCAAGGCUGUCUUCCUUAAACUGUAGAGAUAGCUGUAAAGCAAAACUCUUGAAAGAACGAGAUGAUGUAAAAGCACUCAGUGAAGCCUAUUUACAGGCCAUGGAGGACCUUGGUACUGUGUCCAGGUCAGGUGUCCUGAGGCUUGUAAGAACAGAGCUCCUACAGAGACAGCUUCAGAUUAAAAUGAAAUCACUUUGUUGUCUCUUGAGCAAAGUUAAUGAGGAGUAUGUAACAGCAAUUCAAAAUGUUGUCUCUUUGGCUUGUUCAGCAAUCAUAAAAGAUUGUCCCAUGGAAGCUGAAGAAAUCCACAUGCAGUUUGAGGCAACCGCAGAAUUUCUCCUGAGGAAUGUUAAAACAGCCACAGAAUCUGUCCAAGAUUGUUUAAACUUUAUGAGAGACCCAAGAGAGAGGUCCAGUCUGAGAUUCAUUAGUGACCAUUUGUCAUUUCAGAUGUCAGAAAUAGUGAGUAGGGCAAAGUUAAUAAUGGAGACACAGACUGUCUCUGAGACUUUAAGCAUUGACAUUCAGACACAGUGCUGGUCAGCAAAAGCGCAUUACCUUGUAGAAGAACUUUACAAAGUAGAUGGAAUUCUUCCUGUCACAAAAGAGCAGAUCAAACUGGGCUUGCAGGGCAAAGCAUACAGUGGAGUUUUGCAGACUGAUAUAAAACCAAGCUCUGUCACAAAGGACACAAAACCUCCUAGACAAGUCAUCUCUGAAAAAACAAAUCCUGUAAACAUUCCUCCUACAAACAACCAGGAAUCAAAAAUGGACCUGUUAUCACAGAGGAGUGCUAGAGUGCCAGUGUUCAGCUCUCUGGAUCCAGGUCUGACCUACACUUCACUCUUCCUGAAGCAAGAAGCAGAAAAAUGGGAUGUUUGUGGAAACCAGAUUGUCAAGGUGACCAAAGAAAUGGCAGAUAAAAUCUAUGAUAUGACCCAGUACCUAAAAAAGAAAGGGCCAAUUCAGAGUAAAGAUGCCUUUGUAUCAUCAGCUAAAGAGUUAGUCUUGAGCUGCCAGACUGUCACACAGUUUGUGAAGGUCAUAGCUGACCAUUGCCUGGAUCAACACUCUACUAAGGAGCUGUCCAUCAUAGUAGAGCAGAUUGUCACCAUUACUAACCAGCUCACCAUUAUUUCCAGGGGUGCAUGGUGUCUCUCCAGUGUUAAUGCAGUGACUCCUGCAUGCAAGUCCUCCGAUGAAAUCCUGGUGAAAAAUGCCCAGAAUUUGCUUCAGACUGUUAUCCAAGGGGUACGAGCUGCAGAAACUGCAUGCAUAAAGGGCUUGAGACAACCUGAGCCCAACUCUGAAGCAGCAAAGGCAGCGUCCCUGUGCAUACAGUGGAAAAAGAACCUCCUCAUCCAUCGGACACAAGAACAGCUGAACCCUGAGACAGAUGACCUGGGUCUCCGCAAGACUUCCCUACACCAUGCAACCCCAAGCCUUGCACCACCCAUGAGUGUGCUCGAAAGAUAUAAAUAAAGCUUCUGUAAUGAAUAAUGUAAUAACACAUACCCUACAU